CCCACAAUUUCUAGAAAAAAAAAAGAGAAAAGAAUCUUACAUGCUGUAAUUGACAAUCUGCUCUCCACCCGUCUUUAUCAUCCACCACCACUCUGCUGUGCCACAACAAUCAUUCCGACGAUGGCAUGAAGUUUGAGGUCUGAAUGAGCUUAACUAUCCACUGCUGUAAAACUAAAAAUGGAAAUUGAAGAACAGAGUAAUACCAACCGGAAAGGGGAUGAUUUUGAUGAGGAGCGAGAUCAAUCUAACACCGACAAAGAACAGGGUGCAGUAGUUUAUGAUUUUGCUCAUAAAUAUGAUGAUUCUCGUGCUGAAAAAGAACAAAGUAAGAUACACGAUGAAGGUAAUAUCUAUAUUACAGUUUUACUAACUUGAUGAAAAUAAACAUGCAUGAAUGCAAAAAGAUAAAGAUACUAAUGAAUAUAAGACCAGUCUUAAUGUUAUUAUGUUUCUCUUAGAGUGAAUGAUACUUUUAUUCUAGAAAUUGAUACUGUGAACAUACAUGAUAGUAUUUGAUAAGGUAGCUUUAUUUGUUAUAGGUGAUAAUACAUGUUUAUCUGGUUCUUUGGUGGGUCUCAAGAGAGAAAAAGUUGAAGAUAUAUAUGAUUUAUAUUGCAAUCAUGCUCUUGAAAUUGGGUUUAGAGUUAGAAGAUCAACUUCAAAAUAUAAUGUUGCUGGGGUGUUGGUUCAUAAAUGGAUGGUGUGCUCAUGUGAAGGAAUUAGAAAGGGUAGAACCCCUAGUUCAACAAAUGAAGGAAAAAACAAAACUACAUUCAUCACACGAACAAAUUGCAAGGCUUCCUUGAAGGUUAAACUGAAUGCAGAUUGUAUGUAUGAAGUAGUUGAUCAUAACACAGAACAUAAUCAUCCACUUUCUAGAAAAGAAUGGAUUUACAUGCAUUGUUCUCAAAGACCAGUUAACAUUGAGAAGGCUAUUGUUAUUGAUGAUAUGAUCUCUUCUGAAACCAGACAAGUUGAUUCACUUAGAUACAUAGCACAUGAUGUUGGGGGUGACCAUGUAAAAAUAAAUUCAAUAGGAGGGGAUGCACAGGCGCUAAUUGACAAUUUGUACCAACAAGUUGUUGAGGAUCCAGAGUUUUUUUUAGAAUUAAGUUAGAUGAUGAUGGCAGAAUAAGUAGUAUUUUUUGGAGAGACUCGAAGAUGAAAGAGGACUAUAUGAUAUAUGGAGAUGUUGUUGUCUUUGACACAACACAUAGAACUAAUAAGUAUAAUUUGAUUUGUGUACCAUUUGUCGGGAUAAAUAACCAUUGGAAAAAUGUUAUGUUUGGUUGUGCAUUUGUGACAAAUGAGAAGACUGAGUCAUUUGAAUGGUUAUUUGAGGUUUUCAAGAAAUCUAUGGAGGGUCAAAGUCCUAUGACAUUGUUUACAUAUCCAGACCAAGCAAUUGGGAAUGCAAAGAGAAAGGUUUUUCCUACGACGAUGCACAGGCUGUGCAUAUGGCAUUUGUACCAAAGUGGAGUAAAUGAGUUUGAGAAAUUAAAAGCUAACAAGUUCUUCCAUGAUGCAUUUCAGAAGUGUUUAACUGGGUGUAGAAAUGGAGAUGAAUUUGAGAAGUGCUGGAGCUCCAUGGUUUCAAUCUACGGAUUACAAGACAACUCUUGGUUUAAAAGGCUGUAUGAUUUAAGACAUAAGUGGUCCACUGCAUACAACAAUGAUAUCUUUUCUGCUGGGAUUCUAUCUUCACAAAGAAGUGAAAGCACAAAUACUACUAUAGGAUUCAAUGCAAAAGAGACAGCCAACUUGAAUGAUUUGUGUAUCAUCUUUAAGAAUAUAGUCGAGCGUUGGAGAAGCAACGAAAGGAAUGAUGAACUCCAAUGUUCAAGAGAAAAGCCCACCUCAUGCUUACCAUUGACUGGAUUUCUCAAGCAUGCGUCUGAGGUGUAUACUAAGACCAUUUUUAAAGAUUUUGAAAAAGAAUUCCUGAAAUCCAUUUCCACCUCAAUCAGGUUCUUAUCUGAAGAACAUGAUGUUAAACUUUAUUACGUAACCGUGGCUGAUGAGAUCACAUCUUACCAAGUGAAUUUUAAUGCAGUGGAUUUUUUGGUAAGUUGCUCAUGCAAGAGAUUCGAGGAAUGUGGACUAUUAUGUUGCCAUUGCUUGAGAAUUAUGCAUGUUCAUUCUAUACCUCAAAUACCAGAGUGCUAUAUUAAGAGAAGAUGGACAAAAUUCGCCAAACAAGAUUUAUGGGAUAAAUCUGUAUCAGGGAGGUUUGAGAAGGGUAAAAAUUCAGCUACUUGGAGGCAGAAAAUGGUGAAAAAGUAUUACAAUCUUGUUCUAAAGGACCAAGAAAAUGAAGAGGCAAGAGCAAUCAUUGAGGAUGGAUUGAAUGCUAUGACAUCAGCUCUUGAGGCACUGGAGACUACAUGGCAAACAAGGAAGGCAACGGAUGAAACUGAAAUUUCAAGCUCAUCUUAUGAUAUGUUGGAUCCUUCACAUUCGAAGGGACGAAAACAAAGAACAGAUCAUCUUCAGAAAAGUAAGAAGAAGAAGACUAGUGAUGCAUCAGAUUCCAAUCAAUGAAAAGAAGUUUGGCACCAGAACUCCUAAUUAGACAUUAUUUUUUGAAGUAAGUUGUUUUAGAACAAUUUUCCUUACAUUAAACUGUACUUCCUGUUUUUGUGCUUCUUAUAUGACUUUUAUUUAUUUGAUGGGAAAAUACAUGAAUAACAAAAA